ACGAACGUGUUUUUUAACAAUCCGACAUAAUAAAGACCAUAAGCUACUUCGGCAUACAACUUGAUCGCUUUACUUUUGGAUAUUUCUGUGAACAGUUUAAAGAAAAGACGGCAAAUGUUUUUUUCUUUAAUUUUAACAAAUGCCUGGAUAUAUUACUUAAAAAUAUUAAAUAAAUCCAAACUAAAGAAAUGCCAGCAAAAGUACAAAUCAAUCACGGAUAGUGUGUAAGAAAUCAAUUUAAACGUGAAUCUGAGUGAUCAGUGAGAUUUGACACAUGCGAAAUUAAAAGGCAUUAGAAAUACAACACUAUGUUCCGGUACGUGAAAAUAUACUCAUGGCGAUUAAAUUGGCAAGGCUCCUUCAAAAUCUUCGGUUCUUCUCUCGUACCUCCGUAAACCAUAAUCAAAAGCCCAGUGGCUGGUAAAGCCUUUUCUUAUCCCGGGAAUACAUUGGCCCUGACCACCAAUCGUAUUUCUUCGAGCGAGGUUGAAUCGUGACCCAUUCAUAAUUAAACGAUUAUCCAACCGACGCGAGGCCAUCAUCGCAACUAUCCUGAGCUAUCGACACUGAUCGAUGUUCGUUUUCUUGCGAUCAACCAUCAGACGCAAUCGUGGAAGCUCAUCUAAAGUGUGUUUUGGCGGCGGCUGGUCGGUUAUCUUGAUUAACCUUGCAAAAGUAUCAAAUCUCGGGAUGACCCACUUAAGAAACAAAGUAUUCUUCUCAAUUGUGUCACGUGCAAAUUAAUGGAGUAAUUGUUUGAAGUUGUUAUUCUCGAUAAGGGAAAAAUAAAUGUUAUCCGAUAUGGCAACAUUUCGAACACUGUCCGCUGAAAGUCUUCCGAUCUGCCUUUGCAUCUCUUGAAAGGAGUUUGAAGAGAUCAACAUGGAUGAUAGCAAGCUGCAAGUAGACGAUGACAGCCAGCACAACCACAGUCGAAGGCCCAGUAGCUGGGGCACCUUUUUUCAUCCCGACGAUAAUAGUCCAGUCGAGCAUCAAUUCAACGACGAAAAAUCAAGCGGUUCGGGAAACACUACUUCUCGCACGUCUUCAGCAAAGUCGACAUCGACAAAAAACGAGUCAAAAUCGCCGGAAUAUAACUGCUCUGUCUAUUCGAAUAGGGAGAUUGUUUAUGAGCUCGACAAAAACGGAGAAACGCCAGCAAGUGUUAAGAGAAAAUUGUCAAGAACCAGCGUGAUCCAUCCGUCCGGAACGACUCUGAUCGCGCAGGAUGCUUUCGGUCCUAAACUCACGGCACCCGCUUCCCCGGAAGUCAACCCCUCGUUGCCAGAUACGCCAGUCUCACUGGAUUUCGCCGAGACCACCGGGAAUUCAUUACCGGCGAAGGAAACGGAAACGGGAAUCGAUUCCGAGACACUUUAUUUUCGCGAUGGUCAUCGAAGAAUCGAUAUGGUAUUGGUUUACCAGGAAGAAAACGAAGGAGUCAUGACUGAAAUAGAAGCUCGUCGGAGAGAACAGAGGCGAGUCUUUCAACAGAAUCUUUUGAAAGAGGGUCUGCAACUGGAGCUGGAGCCAAAGGAGAAUUCAUUUGAUGGAAAAACAUAUUUUCUAAAAUUACAUAUACCUUGGAAAAUAAAGGUGCAAUAUGCGGAAGUAAUGGGUCUGAAACUACCCACAAAGAGAUUCAAGACUAUCCCUAUGAAAACUUGGGAUACAGACGGUGCCAAAGAAACGUCGAAGUUCUUGGAGAGAUGGAGACGAUGGGUCCAAUGGAUACGUAAAAUACAUACUUGGGACACGACAAAAUAUCCUGAGGAACCGUAUUUUUACGACUAUAUAGAUUCUGGCGAUCUUGAAGAGAAGUUUAUCGUAAAAGAGAGAGAUAAUGCUUAUACACCUGCUCAAAGAUCAUUGAUUGUGAUGCAAAUAUUGUUACGAACAAGAUAUGACGAGAACCAUGAGAAAUCUGGUAUUCGUAGACUUUUAGCGGAUGGAACGUAUCUCGAUUGUUUCUCACUGCAUGAGGGUCCUUACAAUAAACCUAUGAGCAAUGGAGAAAUUCUCGAUAGAUAUUUGUUGUAUUUGAUAUGGGCAAGACCUUCGCAAUGGUAUAAGAAACAACCGUUAUGGUUAAUAAGACGAUAUUUCGGUGAAAAAGUUGCUCUUUAUUUCGCAUGGCUAGGAUUUUAUACGAAAUGCUUAUAUGCGCCGGCAGUGGUGGGACUUUUGUGCUUUUUUUACGGCCUUGGAAGCAUGGAAGGCAAGGACAACGUACCCAGCAAGGAGAUCUGUGACUUUAAUAUAGCUGGAAAUAUCACUCUAUGUCCUCUUUGCGAUAAAGUGUGUAGCUAUCAAAAACUCGGCGAUUCCUGUAUAUUUUCGAAAUUAACUUAUCUGUUCGAUAAUCCCGCGACUGUCUUCUUCGCCAUUUUUAUGUCUUUCUGGGCUACUACGUUUCUCGAACUUUGGAAACGACGACAAGCCGUGAUUGUUUGGGAAUGGGAUCUCCAGAAUGCCGAUUACGAUGAAGAACCCAGGCCCGAAUUUGAAACGUCCGUUAAAACCUUCCGUAUUAAUCCCGUGACAAAGGAGAGGGAACCAUAUUUACCCGCGUGGUCUAAAGCCAUACGAUGUUUGGCCACAGGCUCGAUGGUAUUUUUCAUGAUAUGCGUAGUUCUCGGGGCGGUCUUGGGGACAAUCGUAUACCGCAUCUCGCUGGUCGCCGUCUUUUACGGUGGCGGUGGUUCUUUCUUACAGAGACAUGCAAAGAUAUUCACCUCCAUGACCGCCGCCCUCAUUAAUCUGGUGAUAAUAAUGAUACUCACACGGAUAUAUCAUCGAUUGGCAGGGUGGAUGGUCAAUCUAGAGAAUCCGAGAACGCAGACGGAAUACGAAGCUAGCUAUACGUUCAAAAUCUUUCUAUUCGAAUUCGUCAAUUUUUAUUCCUCCUUAAUUUAUAUCGCUUUUUUCAAAGGAAGAUUUUUUGUUCAUCCUGGCGAUGCAGACGCAAGAUCCUCAGAAUUUUAUCGCAUCAAGACAGACGUAUGCGAUCCUGCUGGUUGCCUCUCAGAGGUCUGUAUUCAACUUGCGAUUAUAAUGAUCGGUAAGCAAUGCUUCAAUAACUUUGUCGAGAUUUUAUCGCCGAAAUUGUGGAACUGGUGGCGCAAGAGAACACAAGUGGCGGCGACGAAGAAUCAUGACAGAAGGUAUACGAGUUGGGAGAAAAAUUAUCAGCUUCAAGAUCCAGGAAGACUAGCUUUGUUUGAUGAAUAUUUAGAAAUGAUUUUGCAGUACGGAUUUGUAACGUUGUUCGUAGCGGCGUUUCCGUUGGCACCACUAUUCGCUUUAUUAAAUAAUAUCGCCGAGAUAAGACUGGAUGCGUAUAAAAUGGUAAAAGAGGCCCGACGACCAUUGGCCGAGCGAGUAGAAGAUAUUGGAGCCUGGUUUGGCAUUCUUAGGGGUGUUACUUACGUGGCAGUUGUAUCAAAUGCUUUUGUUAUCGCGUACACUUCCGAUUUUAUUCCACGAAGUGUGUACGCAUUUGUUUACUCUCCCACUGAAGAUCUAACGGGUUAUAUCGAUAGUUCUCUAUCAGAAUUCAAUACUUCCCAUUAUCGCGACGAUAUGAAGAGUGAUGUGGAAAACAAACAUCCAGAGACAUGCCAAUACAGAGGUUACAGAAAUGGUCCAAAUGAUCCUGAAGAACCUUACGGUCUCAGUCCGCAAUAUUGGCACGUCUUCGCGGCACGUUUGGCUUUCGUUGUUGUUUUCGAGCACGUUGUUUUUGCACUUACUGGUAUUAUGAGCUAUGUUAUACCAGCCGUACCACAUUCUCUGGCGACUCAGUUGCAACGCGAACGAUUGAUCGCACAGGAGGAAAAAUAUGAGAAAGAAAUAAAGGGAAAGGAGGAUGAGGAAGAUUUGAUUUCGGUUUUGAGAGAAGCCGGUAGCAUCGGUAGAGGAAGCUGGGCCAGACGAUUUAGCAAACUGAGCGAUGUUCUGGAUGUUCAUGGUGAUGUUAAACACAGCAGGCGCAGCGAUUCUACGGUAUGGGAAGUUCCAAAAUGAUAAUCGGAAAGAGGAAAAGACGUUAACUUUAUCAUAUACAUUCCAUUCAUAAUGCUCGAUUAUAUGUAAGAAUAAUAAGGAAUAAAUAAAGCCAAAUGUGCUAUAUUCUCUUUAUUCUUAAA